AACAGACAAACAAACACUCAAGCAAUCCUUUUUACUUGCAUCAAAAAAAUUUACACAAGAUAAAGUUUUUAGAACCGAUGAUAAAUAGAUAUAAUGGAUACCGAAACGGAACUACUGGGUGAGGAAGAGGAGCUGAACGAGGAGCCGGAAGUGUCCUUCGCCCACGGGAUCUUGCACGUGGAGCACUCGUUUGGAUAUGACUGCAAAAGGCUGUUCAAUCUGGUGCUAGUGGGUUCAGAUACGCUGAUCUUCGCAUCAGGUAACUUUUUAAACUACUUCAGCAUAUCGCGCCAGGAGAUCACCUUCCAGGAGACCAUUUUCGGAUGCGGCAUAGGCUUCAUCACGAAAAACGAACACCCGGACUACACAGACCUUUUCACGGUGGGUGAGAACGGACCCACGCCGACCAUCUAUAUCUACGAGUAUCCCUCUCUUAAUGUCCGAAUCAGGCUCCGGAAUGCGGCGAAAUCCUGCUUCACGGCCGGCUCCUACAACAAAACUGGGGAGCUGUUUGCCUCGCAGGCCGGCUAUCCGGACUUCAUUAUCACCAUUUGGCGCUGGGAGAAGGGCGAGGUGGUGCUGCGCGCCAAAUCGUUUCAGAGCGACAUCCUGUUCGUGCACUUCUCGGAAUUCAACCCCAUCCUGCUCUGCUCAUCGGGCCUCAGUCACAUCAAGUUCUGGAAGAUGGCCAACACGUUCACCGGUCUCAAGCUCAAGGGCGAUCUGGGACGCUUUGGCAAGACGGACUUCAGCGAUAUCUACGCCAUGUUCAUGCUCUCCGAUGAGAACGUCAUCUCCGGGUGUGACUGGGGCAACAUGCUGCUCUGGCAGGCUGGCCUCAUCAAGUUUGAAAUCUGUCGAAAAGGGAGGAAGCCUUGCCAUUUGAAGCCCAUAACUCGGAUCACCAUGAAGAAUGGCGAGGUGACCACCGUGGGCAUGGAUGGCUAUGUGCGGGUCUGGUAUUGGGAGACUGUGGAUCUAGCCGAUCCCCCCGAGGACGAUUUGUUCGUGGAGAUCGAUCCGAUUUACGAGUUCAAGAUUGCCGAUGUGGAGCUGCGUUGCAUGCAGAAGAUCCUGCCUUUUGACGAGACGGACUUCACCCACUACGCCCAGGAUGGCAAGGGAGGCAUAUGGUUUUGCGACAUCAACACCUUCGACGUUCCCCAGCCGCCGCGAAAGCUCUACUCCUGCAUCGGCGGCAAAGUGAUUACGUCCCAAAUGUCACCAGUAUCGCCCCACUUCCUGGCCAUGUCCGAGUGCGGCAAAAUCUUUGUGUACAACUACGAGGAGCAGCGUCUAAUGCUGGAGAAGCAGUUCCCGGCUGAUGGUGUCGACUUGCUCUGGCUGGACACAAAGGUCUCGUCGCGGGGCACGGAAAUGGUAGCCGGCUUUAAGGAUGGCAUCCUUCGACAGCUGUACCUGGACAUAAGCGAUCCCAUGAAGCCAACCAUGAAGCGGGUGAGAUGUUUUAAGGCUCACACCUCACCAAUAACCCGCCUCACCGUCAAUCCGGCGGGCACUCUGCUACUCUCCGGCAGCGCCGACAUGAGCAUAUUUAUCUACCUACUGGGGAAGGAUGAAAACGAGAUGGUGGAUAUGCAUCCUCUGGGUUUCGUCCAGUUUAAGGCGGUGCCGAACUGCUUCUACUGGCACGAAGAGGUGCCCACCAUUGUCCUGAUUGGCUCCAAGUCCGGAGAGGUCUAUGAGUACAAUAUCCGCACGAAGGUAACUAGUGAAGAGACCUAUCUCUCCUACAAUAUCACGGAACCGGCGCGCAUGAGAAGCAUAAAAUUCGCAUCCGUGAAGAGCAUUAUCCGGCGGGAGAUCAAGCGGGAGAAAACCAAGAAACGGAAGGAAAAGAAGAAGGAACGCAAGAUGGACGAGAUCGAGAAGCUGAAGAAGGCAAACCCGGGUAUUCAGAUCGAUAUGGAGUCGGCCCUAGCAGACUCGGAGCCCGACGAGGAGGAGGAGCCGCUGCACAUUCCCCCAAUACCCAAUCCAAUUAUUUGGUUGCGCUACACCGAUAGGGAUACGAUCUGGGUCUCGAUGGCAGGAUACGAUGCAGGAUAUGUCUACGAGCUGGAAUUUGGUCAGGCAGAGCCAACCUUCAGCACAAUGAUUGCGGAUGCGGAUGACAUCGAGAUCCACUCCUACUGCAUCGUAGAUGAGUUUAUUAUAUUCGGAAUGUUCAACGGAGGCAUUCGGGUCAAUCUGAUCAACCCUGAUGACUUCACAGAUCUCUCUGAGUACCGGGUAUACCCCAUGCAUGACGCUCUCAAGGGCAUCAUUCCUAGCAUCAAGACCAGCUACGAUGGGGAACACAUGCUAUCCGUUGGAUACGACGGGAACAUGUUCCUGUUUAAGUGGAACGGACCAAAGAUUGUGAAAAACAGUCGGCGGGACAAACUGCCUCCAUUGCCAGAAGGCUUCCAGGCGGUGCCGGACAUUGUCGACCCGGAGCAACCGUCUUUGGAGCAGGAAAAGAUCAAUGCAGAGCUACGGAGACAGCAGGAGGCAGCUGAGGCGCAUGACCGAGAUGUUCUGAACAAGAUCGGAAUUCUGCAAAACGACUACUUUGAAAUUAUUAGGCGGAACGAGGAGUUGCCGGCGGCACUGAGGGCCCAGGACACUGACUUGCUGCUGGACAAUCGCAUCACCCAACAAAUCCGAGAUGAGCUCCAAGCGGAGCUGGACGAUGUGCGCGAAGACUUGGCCUAUGACCUGGAAUUCGCCCAAGUGGGUCAUAACAAGCUCUACAAUCAUUUCCUCAAGAAAUUGGUGCAUGUUCCCUUCACCGUCAGCCACCUGCGUGGCAACGAACCAGGGGUCUCUUCAUUUCGGCUCGAGGAACUAGGCGAAGAGUUCGAGCAGAUCAAGAAGGACAUUGAGGAGCGCCUAAAACUGGAGCACGACAUGGGACUCCACGAUCUUCUAGUGACCGAUGUGGUGGAGGAAACUAUUGGUGAGCCGCCGCCGGAGACGUUCUUCUUCGGCCGAGAUCCGCGAAGCAUCGAGCCGCGCUUCAGUCGGAAGAUGAUGAGACUUCUGAUCCGAUACCGAAAGCGCCAGAUGUACGAGGUGCGUCGCAUCUUUGACUGGGACAAGCUGGAGCGGCAGAAGCCAGAUCCCAACCGCAAUCACCCGGAUGACGAUGCCCAGAUUGAGCUGGCCAAACGCAACCUGGGCGACUUCAAGCUGAAGGUUGGUGCAGAUUACGAGCCCCGGUCCGACGAGACUCUGACUCAAAAGUAUAUUGAGGUGGUGGAGUGCCGGGAGAAGUACUUCCACCUAGUUAACACAUUCAACCAGGCUGUGUUGGAGCUACGCGACCGAAAGCGUGACCUGGUGGCAUUCAUAAAUCAACAGCGCGACCGUUUGGCGGUGAUCCAUAGCUAUAUGCCCGCCCAGGAUCGCCUGCCCCUGGACCACAUACACGAAACUGAUUUCGACUUGGAGUAUCCGGAGCUUAACCUCAUAGAGCACUUUACUCCCGGCUGCGGAGUGGAGAUCGACCAGAUCCUUUCGUUGGAGAAUAGGGUAGAGGAUGUGAUCACCACCAAAAGAAAAACUGAGAGUGUCUCGAAGGUCAGUUUGUACAGUAUGCACGGCUUGGAAAAGCCGGAACUUCACGAGGCCGCCGCCUUCACUAUGUUGGAGAUCUCGAAGCUUGAACGGAGUCUACCUGCCGAGGAGAUUCAUGCUAUGCUCGAUUCUUUUCCCCCGGUCUCCGAUGCGGCCUACUUUGAACGAGAUGAGGAAGGUGAGUCCAGUUAUAUGAGCGAGCUGCGCCACAGGUGGCUCAGACAGCUCCUAGUGGAGCAGGCGUCGAUUCGGACGAAUGUGGACGAGGAAGUCCAGCAGUUCGACAAGGCCCUGGAAAAGUUAAAAGUGCGACGCUUUCAUGUUAAGAUGGACUCCGAAUUUAUGGCCUCCUACAUGAUUAGUCUCAACCAGGAGCUGUACAUUCUGCGCGAUAGCGAGGAGAUAGAGACGCAGCUACUCCAAAAUGCCAAGACAGCGAUGGCCACUCGAAACGAACUGCAGGUGAUCAUAAAUCAGACAAACAGGCAACUGGAGGAGCUGCGUCGCAACAUAGACAAGCUGGGCGAGCAGAUCACCGCCCUCCAGGUGCUCUUCAUGAGCACCGUCAAGGGGCAUAAGUUCUUUGAUUUUCUGCGUCGCAUUUUCAAAAAGAAGUGGCGCCCUCCGAAAGUGGCGAAGGGCGAUGACGAGGAGUCGUCGUCCUCGUCGGAAUCCUCCUCCUCUAGCGAAGAUCAACAGGCGGACAACAAGAGUUUGGACUCCCUGGAUAUGACCACAAUUCGACUGGACGAGACCACCUGCCCCUCUGGACUGGACCGAACAUUGUACGACCUAGCCUUCCAAAUGCGAUCCGACCGCCAUGAACUGGAACGGAAUGUCCGCGACCUGCAGCGCGACGUUGAAAACAAACGAAAGGAGAUCGCUGAGAUGCUGAUCAAGAUGAAGUACCAUGAAGAGGUCUACCAACGAGAGAAAAAUGCACUCAUGGAGUUCCGACGUCUAAGACAAGGUGAAAUAAAUAAGGUUAAAGUAAGCGUCAUCCUGAGAAUGGACCAACUGCAACAUUUUUACGAAGGCGACGACUAUAGGGACCUGUCCAAGGCUGUUCUCUUCAACGCCGACAUGCUAGUGGAUUUGCGCCGGAGAGCUGACCAACUGCAUGAAGAGACUCUGGCCACUAAACGCUGGCACCGCAUCAACUUCAUCCAUUUGCGGCGCAUGAACACGGACAUCAAGUUUAUGCGGUUCGAGAUCACUCGACUGGAGGAGGAAAUCCGUCAGGCCAUGAUGAAGAAAUUCGGGAUUGUUGUGAAUCUGGAUGAGUUGGAGGAGGAAGUCUUGAGACGCUACAUCUUUGACCUAGAGACCACUGCCGAGGAUGAGCUGCGGGCUUUGGAGAAGGAACUGGCCGAGAGACAGAAAGAACUUUCCCGCUGUGAAGAGGAAUUUGUCCUGGAGACCCAAAACAACACGGAAAAAUUAAAUAUACUGACUGUGCUACGGGAGGAGAAGAACAUACUCUGCACCUUACUGGAAAUCCAGGACAGAAACAUGGCCAAGUGGAGCAAGCCAAACGUGCUGAAUCUCUCCUACGACAUCGAGAAACUGAUGGGCAUUGAGAAAUCCCUGAUGCAACAGAUCGAGUGCCUGGAGCGGGAGAUCUGUGCGCUUCGCUUGAAGUCUAAGCCCUUGCAGAUCAACAGCGAGUACGAAAAUGAUCCCAACGAACCGCCUCAGGUGACCACCGAACUUUUGCCCAACGACGAUGCCAUGAUCUGUCCGGCUAUCCUCAAUGUGGACGCAUACAUGCUGCCGCCCAUGCCCGAUGAGUUCAUUAUGGAUCGCGUGCACACAAUUGUCCAGAAGAGCUUCAAUCGUUUCUUUGGCCGUAACACUACGCCGGAGAAUAUCCGAAAAUUCGCCCAAAGAUCCUCGCUAUACCUUUGUCAAGCCGCCUAUAGCUUCCAGGGACGUUACACGGAUCGCAUUGCAGAGUGCAUUACGGAGCACCUGCAGACAAUUGUGCCGAAGAAGUACUUCAUCCACAUCAGUGCCGAAGAGCUGCGAAAACUCUUCAACGAAGUGGUGGCCGUGUUCGACUACGAACGCUCUGACAUAAACACCGAGGAGCUGAUCUCCGGCAUUUUUGAUCACGCAAAAGAAUCGAUGUGCGCCCUGGUCCCCCAGGCAGAUCUCAGUGUGGUCAAUCGUACCCACUUUAUUGUGUCGCACAUGUUUAAAGAGCUGAUCGAAGUACUGCCUCUGGAAGAGUUCCAGUCCGACGAAACCUGCCGCAUGAUCGUCGACGUGCUAGAGCGAGAGCCAAUGAUGGAUCCACGAGCGAUCGAUGUAGAGGAUCUAAUCCGCUGUACACUGCGACACGCCCGUGAGAAUCUGCUGGACGGGAUCACAGCUGUUCCGGUGCGCAAGCUAGGAAGCAAUAUCCAGCGAGAUCUGAUCAAGCGGCGGCAGUACAAGCCGCCCAGCUGCGAGUCGCCCAUGUCGGUGCGCAUUGCAACCAAAAAGGCGCCUAACGUCAGUGGUCUCCCAUUCUAGGAUAAAAAUCUUAAUUUUUA